CAUUUGAUCACAUCCGUCUGAUUGACAGAAGGUUUUAUGUUACCUGCAGUAAGACAAACACUCAGUCAAACUUACUCAAAGUGCCACUCUUUUUACAUUGCGCUCGAGCGACACGACGCAGGAGACGCGUCCAGUCCGUUCUGUUGCGCCCAUUCCCGACCGUUUCCCCUGGUGAUAGGCAAAUCGACGUGUUCUGAUUUUGUCGCUGAUAGUGUAAAUGGGGGUGUGAGUGAAGUUUAAGGCGGAAGUCGAACUUGCACUCGCGCGCAUCUGUCGCUCGACUUUAUUGAUACGUUUGGCCGCUCGGACCCCCGCGUGAAAACCAGCCGGCUUUGUCUCGACGCGUUUAUGAAGUUGCUGUGGUGUGAAUAAACCCGACUGAGACAGAUGAGCUCUUUUUACAGCGAUAAGGCUGCGCUAGGACUGGCUGAGGAGCUCAGUCAGGUGCACUGUCAGGAUGAGCUGGAGUUUGACUAUCUUUUUGAGUAUGGACCCACGACGGACCUUCAAGAUGAGCAAAGCAUCUCCUCGCACAAAAACUUCAUCUCUCAUCCGAGCCUCUCCUAUCCUGUGGAGGAGGCUCAACCGUACGGCAUCAAGUCGUGUACGGCUUCCUUCGCCGAACUCAACGAAGGAUUCUCCGGCUAUGAGCAACUGGAGCCUAAGAGCUUCCUGGAGAACGCCAGACCCAACAGCCAAGCCCUGAGCCCCCGAAUCGAGAUCACGCCCUCCCGUGAGCACUAUAGUCAUGGUCGAGACUCGCUCCAGAACCCUCUCUUGAACACCAGCCCCAGUCCCGGUCUCACCGUGCCUGGUCAAGACCCUUUGGCUUACCGGGAGCCGCAGUGCUUGAGUCCCGCCAGCAGCAACUCAUCCACCUCCUGGCACUCAGAGAGCUACUCUCCUUGGGCUUCCCCUUGCGUUUCGCCCAGCAACAGCCAAGCAGCUGGAGAACUUUGCCCGCGACUCCAGGGCAUCCACACGGGUUCCCCUCGAACCAGUCCGGGCACUUCUCCGCGAACCAGCCUGGUGGAGGACGGCUGCGUGGGGCCACGUUCCCCUUCACCCCGGCCCGGCUCGCGUUCCACCUCUCCUCUAUGCAAACGGACCUACGACAUGUACAGAAACCUGGUGCCAGUGGUCCGUUCACGCAGCCCAUCGCCCCACGGUGGCCAUGAAGAGCAUCACGCUCCCCAAUAUGGCUCCAAUAACAUCUCAGGGGUCAUGAAUGGGUUCGGCGUCGCCCAAGCUAGUUCCAUUCCUACCAAAAUCGUGAAGACCAACCAGCAGAGCUACACGCUUUACCCAGACAACCACACUGAGAGUUACCUGGUGUCAUGUGACCAGGAUGUGAAGACCAAACCUGGCCCUGAACCGUUCUUCGUUCUCCCUCAAAUGUGGCCUAAACAGCUGGUGCCUGGAAUAUGCAGCAUCCCCGUGGCUUCCUUGCCCUCGCUGGAGUGGCCUCUGCCCAGCCGCACCGAUCAGUACGAGCUCCACAUCGAGGUGCAGCCCAAACCACACCACAGGGCUCACUAUGAGACCGAGGGCAGCCGCGGGGCAGUCAAAGCCCCUACCGGAGGUCACCCGGUGGUCCAGUUACGUGGAUACAGAGGCAAGGAGCCGCUGGGUUUACAGAUCUUCAUUGGCACGGCAGACGAGCGAAUCCUGAAACCUCAUGCUUUCUAUCAGGUCCAUCGCAUUACCGGCAAAACCGUCUCCACCAGCAGCUACGAGAAGAUCAUCAGCAACACCAAAGUCCUGGAGAUUCCUCUUGAGCCAAAGAAUAAUAUGAAAGCAGUAAUUGAUUGCGCCGGGAUUCUCAAGCUUCGCAAUGCCGACAUCGAGCUGCGGAAAGGGGAGACGGACAUUGGGCGGAAAAACACGCGUGUUCGACUGGUUUUCCGUGUUCAUAUUCCCCAGCAAGGAGGCCAACACGUGUCUCUGCAAGCUGCUUCGCAUCCCAUCGAAUGCUCCCAGAGAUCUGCCCACGAGCUGCCCAUGGUAGAAAAGCAGGACAUGGAUGCCUGUUCGGUUCUCGGAGGCCAGCAGAUGAUUCUCACCGGUCAGAACUUCAGCUCAGAUUCAAAGGUGAUCUUCACGGAGAAGACUCACGAUGGACAGCAAAUUUGGGAAUUGGAAGCUACAGUUGACAAAGACAAAAGCCAGCCGAGCAUGCUGUUCAUUGAAGUGCCUCCGUAUAGAGACCCAUCCAUUUGCCAUCCUGCCAAAGUCAACUUCUACGUAAUAAAUGGGAAACGGAAGCGCAGUCAACCUCAGCAUUUCACCUACAUGCCUCUACCAGUUCCCUCUAUUAAGAAAGAGCCAGUGGAUGAAUAUGAACCUGGUCCGAUGGGAUAUUCCUUGUCACAAAUGCUGGGGGUGUCUCCACAGCCAUACUAUAACCCUCGUGGGGUCAUCCCCCCAGACAGUGGUCUGGUACCUGGGCUCGUCCCCUGUCAGCAGACCCGCCUGGGUGUCUCCCCUCCAGACCACCGAUUUCAGCAGCAGAGUCCAGCCAUAAUGUACACCCGUCCUGGAAAGAGCUUGUCAAGCAGUCCUAUUUACUCUCAGACGGGAGCCACUAUGAUUCCAGACUCCCAUCGAUCAGUUCUGGUCCACACUGGUUCCCCAGCCCAGUCCUCUCAUCUGGCUGGCCAGCAUCCUUCCAAUCAGCAUCCCUCAAUCAUCCAGUUCUCUCCCACCAACCACCAUCUGCUCAGAGGUGGGGAUCCUCCUGCACCACCACCUCCAGAACAUCAACACAUAAUUUAUUGCGAGGGCUACAAUCAGCAUGGUCCUCAAGCCACAGGGGCAAAUCGUUCACCAGAACCAGCCCAGGCCCCUCAGCACCCUCAGAAUUACCCAACAGUCAUCCAACAACAGCCCUUCCUCCAGAGAGUGGCCAAAGACAGGUCACCACCUGUCCAAGCAGAGCCCCAGAGAUGUUCCUCGGCAGAAGAACAGAGAACCAGCGUUCCUGGACGCGUCACAGUCAAGCAGGAGAACUUGGACCAGGCCUACCUUGAUGAUGUGAAUGAGAUCAUAAGGAAGGAUCUGACAGGAGUGCCUGGCAGGGGUCAGACAUAGAGGAAACCCCUGAUUGGGAAGCACGCAGGACCCCUGGUGUGUUCACUAUUUCCCCGUGUAUCACCGUUCCCCUUCCUUCAGCGCUGCAGUGAAGCCCCUGACAAAAACUGGAUCAUGGACCACGUUUAGCCAAACAUCCAUCUCCGUCUACUCCAGGAACAGCAGCGUGUUGAUGUGCAAAUGGUAUUAAAUUCCCCUGCUAUUAUAUGAUUUUUGAAAACUCGUCCAAUGUUGAUCUCAUAUGUCAAAGUUGUCAGAAACUCAAGCCUUCAUAAACAGUUUGGAUUGGACAGGUGGAGUUAAGUCCGUUUUUUUUCCUUUUUGUGGGUCUUUUAUUCCAUAGCCUUUUGACUCACAUCAAUUCACUCACUCAGAUUAGUGUAUUUCAAGCAAUAACCUCAUCAUCUGUGAGAAUAAACCAUUACUGUCUAAAAUAUUCCCAAAAACAAGAGGUUUGCACGUACUUCUGAAUGGAAAGUGGAUGAAUACAUAACACCAUUGACAUAUGUGUCUAAGAAUAGCCCUUUUUUAUUAUUAUUAUUAGGUGAACCCACGUGUACAUCAAUCCAAAGUUAUGGGGGAAAAAAGCCUUAAUAUUUUAAUUACUAUAAGCAAAAGCACUGUUCAUGAAGGGAACUCUUCAAAACAGAGUAUGCACUUCUUGUCAGCGAAUUAUAUAUUAUUUAAGGUUUCUCAGCUAAAUGAGAUUUGUUUAUAAUCAUGUAGAUGCUGAGCUCAUAUAGCAAAAAAACUAAAACAAUUAAGUGAUAUUUUUUUUCUUUGUGAUGUAAUUUAACAGCUGUGCCUUUUCCUAAAGUGCCUUUUCCUAAAGUGCUGUCCUUCUACCAAAACGCAGAACAAGCGAACCAAAAAGGAAUGGAAAUACAUGUACCUUGUGUCAAGUCAGAGCCCAUAAUGCCCUGCACUACAUUAAGGUUCUGAAAACAUCUUUGUGCCAUACUAAAACUGUGUGGUUAUCAUAUUUUAUUAUUGUUUAUUUGUGUACUCGUGACCUUACCAGUUCCAUCUGUUCUACUUAUGAAUAUACAACACUUGAAAUAUUCAAGUUUUGUGUCCCAUGUUAAACUUUAGGUUAGAUUUAUAACAGAUCUGUCUCAUGGAGGAUUUUUUUUUAAUGCUUUGCUUUUAUGAUAUGCAUAUAUAUGUAUUGUGUAUGUAAUGUUUGUGUAAAUGUAGCACAUUCAUGGGAAUCACUUUCUGUACAUAGUAGAUACAGUCCGCAUGUCUCCAACACAGUCACAUUCGUUUUCUCAUCUGAAUGCAAACUGACAAAAUGAGAAUUUAUUGAAGUAACAAAUUAAUUAUUAAUUAAAUUAAUUAUUCAUUAAGAAGCAUCAGCGUGUGUUCAAAGGCUUCUUUCUGAAAGUAUUUUUGAAAGCAAUCCUGCCAACUUAAAAAAAAAAUGAAUAAGCAGUUAUGCAAUAUAUAUUUAUGUCUUUACAAUUUUGGCUGAAUAAUUAAGAGAGUUAUUUCAUUUGUAUUAUCUCAAAUUUAUUUUGGAAUACGUUAUAAAAAGAGUGAUGCUAAUGUUUCCAUGGAGCCAAUGUACAGUACAGUGGGCAUAACAACACAACUAUAUUCAGAAUGUAAACCUUUUCUUUUUAUUGUGAAUAGAUUGCUUCAAAAGUGUAAAGACUGUUUCAAUCAUUUGUUAUUUUAAGAAUCAGAUAGUCAAAAUAGGAAGAGAAUAUUUAUAUGAACUGAAUCAGUUGUUCUCUUUACAUUUAAUAUAUCUUAUAACCAAGGCAAUGAACUGCCAAAGCUUUUGCUGCAUAAAAACAAAUUGCAUAUAAUUUUUUAUAUAUUAAGGUAAAAUUCCAAAAGAGAGACCAAUUCUAUUUUUUAUUUCAUUUGUCAUGAUUAUAUUCAUGUUUUGGCUUAAGCAUGUCUAACCUAAUAUGUUCAAACUGUUUUUGUUUUUUUAAUAAACCUAGCUGAGAACUGAAAGCAAUAAAACUGAAAGCUUUAACGAGA